CCCGGCACACUCUCAGCACACCUUCAGACGGAGAUGAAGUAACAGCAGCAGUCGAUCCACAGAGCAACAGCAGCGGAUCCGGAGGUUUCCUUCAGGGGGACAGGUGACAGAGCGGACCGACCGUGCGACCGACACUCAGCCGCCUCAACGUGCAUCGGUGGAAAUUACUGCUGUUUCACUCACUCACCCCCACCCUCUCCCGAACAGAACACCCUCCGAUUGCUACAAUAGAUGUUACUCAACUACAUGCAUUUCGAUCUGAUCCUGUAAGCCCAGUCCGCCAAGAUGGAAAAUGCACACACUAAAUCCGCGACUGAAGUUUUAGACAACUUCGGUGUGAACGAAAACACUGGGCUGACUCUGGAGCAAGUCAAAGUCAAUGUGGAGAGAUAUGGACCGAACGAGCUCCCAGCUGAAGAAGGCAAGUCCCUGUGGGAACUGGUGUUGGAGCAGUUUGAAGAAAUCAUGGUCAGGAUCCUGCUGCUAGCUGCCUGUGUCUCCUUUGUGUUGGCUUUGUUUGAAGAAGGAGAGGACACAACCACCGCCUUUGUUGAGCCUUUUGUUAUUCUUCUCAUCCUCAUCGCCAACGCUGUUAUCGGGGUCUGGCAGGAGCGCAAAGCUGAGAGUGCCAUUGAGGCUCUGAAAGAGUAUGAGCCAGAGAUGGGGAAGGUGUACCGCAUGAACCGUAAGGCUGUCCAAAGGAUCAAAGCCAGAGACAUCGUCCCAGGAGACAUAGUGGAGGUGGCAGUUGGUGACAAGGUGCCUGCUGACAUCAGAGUGACCUCUAUAAAGUCCACCACCCUGCGGGUGGACCAGUCCAUCCUCACAGGGGAGUCUGUGUCCAUCAUCAAACACACUGACCCUGUUCCUGACCCCAGAGCUGUCAACCAAGACAAAAAGAAUAUGCUGUUUUCUGGCACAAACAUUGCAGCAGGCCGCGCCAUAGGUGUGGUCGUUGCUACCGGCGUUGCUACAGAGAUCGGUAAGAUCCGUAAUCAGAUGGCGGCUACGGAACAAGAGAAGACGCCGCUGCAGCAGAAGCUGGACGAGUUCGGGCAGCAGCUCUCUAAGGUCAUCUCCCUGAUCUGUGUGGCUGUGUGGGUCAUCAACAUUGGCCACUUCGGAGACCCCGUCCACGGGGGCUCUUGGGUCAGAGGGGCUAUCUAUUACUUUAAGAUCGCCGUGGCCCUGGCCGUGGCCGCCAUCCCCGAGGGCCUGCCUGCUGUCGUCACCACCUGCCUGGCCCUUGGCACGCGUCGCAUGGCCAAGAAGAACGCCAUCAUUCGCAGCCUGCCCUCCGUAGAGACCCUGGGCUGUACCUCGGUUAUCUGCUCCGACAAGACGGGCACCCUCACCACCAACCAGAUGUCCGUCUGCAGAAUGUUCGUUGCAGACAAGGUAGAAGAUUCAAGCUGCAGCCUUCAUGAGUUCUCUAUAUCUGGUUCUACAUAUGCCCCUGAGGGACAAAUACUGAAAGGAGACAGGCACGUCCAGUGUGGAGACUUUGAUGGACUUUUGGAGUUGGCCACUGUGUGCUCUAUGUGCAAUGACUCUUCACUGGACUACAAUGAGGCCAAAGGGGUUUACGAGAAGGUGGGCGAAGCCACAGAGACGGCUCUCACCACCUUGGUGGAGAAGAUGAACGUCUUCAAGACUGACCUGUCCGGACUCAGCAAGGUGGAACGGGCCGGUGCCUGCAACUCGGUGAUCAAGCAGCUGAUGAAGAAGGAGUUCACCCUGGAGUUCUCUCGGGACCGCAAGUCCAUGUCCGUCUACUGCACCCCUGUCAAGCCGGGCUCCCAGAGCAAGAUGUUUGUCAAGGGUGCUCCAGAGAGCGUGAUUGAGCGCUGUCAGUACCUGCGGGUGGGAACAGGGAAGGUGGCGCUGACCCCAGCCCUGCGCGACCAGCUGCUGUCUAAGAUCAGGGACUGGGGGACAGGCAGGGACACCCUGCGCUGCCUGGCCCUGGCCACGCAUGACACCCCGCCGCGCAAAGAGAGCAUGGACUUGGGCAAUUCCAACAAGUUUGCAGAGUAUGAGUUGGGUCUCACGUUUGUUGGCUGUGUGGGCAUGCUGGACCCGCCCAGGAAGGAGGUGAUCGGUUCAGUGAAGCUGUGCAACGAGGCAGGUAUACGUGUUAUCAUGAUCACAGGAGACAACAAGGGCACAGCUGUAGCCAUCUGCAGACGGAUUGGCAUCUUCAGCGAGGACGAGGACGUGACAGGAAAGGCCUACACAGGCCGCGAGUUCGAUGACCUCCCGCUGGAAGCCCAGAGAGAAGCUGUCAAACAGGCGCGGUGCUUCGCCCGCGUCGAGCCAGCUCACAAGUCUAAGAUCGUGGGAUACUUGCAGUCAUUCGAUGAGAUUACUGCCAUGACAGGAGAUGGUGUCAACGACGCCCCGGCCCUGAAGAAAGCCGAGAUCGGCAUCGCCAUGGGCUCUGGCACAGCAGUGGCCAAGUCAGCAUCCGAGAUGGUGCUGUCUGAUGAUAACUUCUCCACCAUAGUGGCUGCCGUGGAGGAGGGCCGAGCCAUCUACAACAACAUGAAGCAGUUCAUUAGAUACCUCAUCUCCUCCAACGUGGGAGAAGUGGUCUGCAUCUUCCUGACAGCCAUCCUGGGUCUCCCUGAGGCUCUGAUUCCAGUCCAGCUGCUGUGGGUGAAUCUGGUGACCGAUGGUCUGCCUGCCACCGCCCUGGGCUUUAACCCCCCAGACCUGGACAUCAUGGACAAACCCCCCCGCAACCCCAAGGAGCCUCUCAUCUCUGGCUGGCUCUUCUUCAGAUAUCUGGCCAUUGGAGGAUAUGUGGGUCUUGGAACAGUGAGUGCUGCCACAUGGUGGUACCUGUUUGAUGAAGAAGGCCCACAAGUGUCUUUCUACCAGCUGAGACACUUCAUGCAGUGCACUGAGGACAACCCCAUGUUCCAGGGCAUAGACUGUGACGUGUUUGAAUCCCGCUACCCAACAACCAUGGCUCUGUCUGUGCUGGUCACUAUAGAAAUGUUCAACGCGCUCAACAGUUUGUCUGAGAACCAAUCCCUGAUCAGGAUGCCGCCCUGGGUCAAUGUUUGGCUGCUGGGAGCCAUCAUCCUGUCCCUCUCCCUCCACUUCCUGAUCCUCUAUGUGGAGCCACUGCCCCUGAUCUUCUUGGUGACCCCUCUGCGCUUGUCCCAGUGGAUCGUGGUCCUGAAGAUUUCCUUCCCAGUUAUCCUCCUGGACGAGGCACUGAAAUAUAUCUCCAGGAACCACCUAGAAGGUGAUGAGGACAAGAAAUAUCGGAGGAGAUGGCGACAGGACUAAGACCUCUCCCUCAACACACUCACACACUUAGACACACGCCUACCCUUUUCCCUUUACGAGCUAGGAACCUUUUCUCUCUCCCCUGUCCUCAUUCCCCCACUUCUGCAUGUCCAACAAACCACCACUAGAAAUGAGCGGGGGGCUUGCAUGAGAACGAGUGUGCAAGAAAGAGAGCAUGCGUGUCUCCUGCAAGCAUGGCUUUGUACGAUUGUGUGAGUGAAUGAGCACUGUGUGUGUGUGUGUGUGUGUGUGUGUGUGUGUGUGUGUGUGUGUGGUUGUGUGUGUGAACAGGCAGAUGCAGAUCUGUCUUUGUAGUUGCAAGAGCAUGAAACAACUGCAGAAAAGAAGAAGAUAUAACUGCCCAGGGCUCUGCUUUUUAAAGAUUGAGUUUCAUUGAGUUUCUGACUGUAUACAGUACAAACAUAGUGGCGCAGUAACUGGACUUUGGGGAGGGAAGGAGAGGGAGGACAGGGGAACGGAGGUUGAGAAUACUGGGUGGGAUGGGAAGGGGAGGGGGGAGGACAAUUUUGAAAUUAGCACUGAGACCGAAAGAGAGAGUGAGAGGGCCAGAUACUGGGGUACACACUGGCAAAAGAAGAGCAUCAGCAAGUGUGACCCGUGUAGAGAGAGCCGUUGUUUUCGUGUGUGUCCACAAAAACAUUAUUUGGAGGUACCGCCCAGGCUUGUGCCACCCACACUACUGGCAGCGAGUUCCAGCCAGCUCUGCAGGGGUGCGGCCUUAUCAGCUCAACAGUAUCUCUGGCCAGUGUGUCACAGCGCUACUCCUUCAUCGCUCUUUAUCUUUACCUUUACCACAUACAAAGUCUAACUCCCAUUGAUUGUUGUUUUACACAGAAUGACUCUCCUUUUGCCUGUCUCGCUCUCUGUCUCUCUCUGUCUCUCUUUCUCGUUCUCUGUCGAGGAGGCAGCUGUGUUCCCGGAGGUCACGGCGUUAAUCGUGCUCUUGAGUUAGGUCAUGGAGAUGUCGCUCCACCCAUAGGUGUGAAUAGCUUUACGCUGCUUGGCCGCUUCCUUGGCUCUUAAUUUCGAGGAGCUGAGGUCAGCUCACAGACUUGGCAAACAUAUAAAAGAAAUACCUAAAUAAAUAAAAAUGUCAAACCAGCAUAUCAGUAGAGUAGUCGUCAGCAAGUCCACCCAGCUGGUUCUGUUAAGCCUCACUUUAAUGUCCAUCUGCUGUGCUGCCAUUGGAGUUUUGGCUGUCAGAUAUCUAAAUUAAAGGCAGAUCUGAGCAAGAGGAUAAAGCUCCAUGACAUUUUGUACAUAAUAAUUGUCUUGGAGCACCAUGUUGUUGAUCUUCCUUUUCAUUUCUUCAGUUAUUUUUAACCCUGCACUAGUGCUAAAGCGUGUGCAUAUAGCCUUACUUGAAUUAAUUUGUCUGAUUUGACUUGACAGGCUUUUGGGUGUUGAAUGGCACGGAUGAUGUAGUUAAAGUAAGUUAAGAAAUGGCAAGUAAACUGCUUGAUUGUCUCACUCGGUCAUGAAUCAUUUAUAUAUUAAGCACAUUUACUGUAACAUCCAUGCCUUAUACAGCCCACUGCACCUCCACAUUGAAUAUGUGGUCCAAAUGAAUGUGUUUCUGCUAGCCUUUAAUCAGCCCCCGCCCUAACGUGCCCUAACAGUUCACUUCACUCUGAUCGCCUGUGGUCUUACAGACUCUGAAUGUCCACCUGGUCUGAGGCAUGUUUAAUAGGAAAGCCUUUUUGGUUGUGCUUAGUGCGCUGCUCCCUCAGCUCCUCCUGCUCUCUCAGUGCUUUAGCGACUCACUUCGGUAUUGUUUUAUAAUGACUAAAUAGUAAUGUAUUUGACUGAAUGAACCCACGCCGUUUGGAUUGUGUUUUUAAGUCUUAAUUAUGGGUUUUGUGUUGGGCCCUGGUGCUCUGUGGACUGGGUCAGUGGUGUGUUUGGUCUCUUGUUGCUUCCACAUAGGGCAGAGUAGAGUGUGCACAUUCAAAAAAAAAACUGCUGG